AUGGUGCCGUCGCCACAGCGCGCGUGGGCGUCCGCGCUGUUGGUGCUGGCGCUGGUGGUGUCGUCUGCAAUGCCUAUCGCCGUCAACGGCGUGCUGCGCCUCGUCGAAGCCAGCUCCAAGGCCCUCUUCUUCUACAUGGAAAUAAGAGAAGGAGAUAAUCUCUGGAAGCUACGUGAAAACUCUACGACAAUCGAGAAUGGUAUUUGUCAUUCAUCAAUGAUUCUCGAUAAUCUGAAUGCAAGCACAACGUAUUUUGUCAACGUACGAGAGCUGACACGGGUUGCUGAAAACUGGAACUGGAACAGAAGGCCGGGAUUCUCUGCAAACGGGAGCCACGUAACUUGUCCUCAUGACGUGCCCGAAGUAACACAUCUUGUGAUUUAUUCAAUGAAUUCGUCGUCGGUGGGUCUGAGUUGGAUUCCGCCAAAACUCCCGUGCAAAACAAGACUCGAGUACAGAAUUUCAUUCCACUCUCCCGGAGAGGAAACAUUUGUGAUCUUUCCUAAAGGAGUAUUCUGGAGCAACAGGUUAAACCUCACGGACAGUGUUGACACAGAUGUGAAGCACUGUGACGCCUGGCCUGAUCGCCACUGUCUCCUCGUUAGCAGCGACCGUUUCAAAUUGAAUCACCGCUACGUUGUUGAGGUUGCAGUUAAUCGCGUAGUGGAUAAUGUUCACAGCAAGCAUGUAAAUACAACAUUGAAAUUCACAUCGCAACAAAUG